UGAGCAGGCUCAUGUCUGAAGCAGAGAGAGUGUCUGACAGCCUCGGCUCCAACGAACCUAGGAAGUUUCCUUGUUACAGACACAGCAGCCAGGGAAGGCAUAGAUAUUAGGAAUUAGAAAAAGCAUGCCUCCAUCGGAACACCAUCGAAUGAUUAUCAUGUGAUGGUGAAAAACAUCGAAAGGGCACCAUUGAAUGCUCUAAACACUACCAUUGAAAGAAAAACAUUGAUGGUAGCGAGCUGGUCAAUUUUUGCUCCUCUCAGGAUGAGCUGCUGCACUUCCAACUGCCUGCUUGUUGCUGCACUGGACUGCUGGGGCUGUGUGAUUAACCUCCAUGCCCUCUCCCUGUGUACAAUGUGGCUCCCUGUGUUUGCCAUCUGCCUGGAUGUGGCUGCAAGCAGAACAUCCUUGCUGCUGAAUAAAUAUGCCCUGGAUUUUGGAUUUUCUUUGUUCUGGCUGGAGAGGUGAGACAGACGAUGACUCUGUUCUGGGAAGAGCACUCACGUGAUGCUACGGUGCAAGAGAUGAUGCUGGACACAAAUGCUGAGCUGUUAUCAACAGAAGAGACACCAGAAAUCAUUUCCCUCUUGCCUUGCUUAGAUGGAUUAAAUGUGCUGGAGCUAGGGGCUGGGAUAGGUCGCUAUACAGGAAAUCUCGCUAAGUUGGCCAAGCAAGUGACUGCGGUAGACUUCAUGCAGACCUUCAUCGACAAGAACCGUAAAGAGAAUGAUCAUCAUGGAAACAUCACUUUCCUGCAAGCUGAUGUCACUGUUUUGGACUUUCCCAGUCACAGUUUUGAUUUUAUAUUCUCUAACUGGCUCUUCAUGUACCUGACGGACGCUGAGUUAGUGGCUCUUACGCAAAAGAUGAUGGGAUGGCUAAAGCCUGGCGGUUAUCUCUUUUUCAGGGAGUCGUGCUUACAUCAGUCAGGUGACCGUGGGAGGACAUUUAACCCCUCAGUUUAUCGUAGCCCUGCUCAGUAUAAUCACCUGCUGACAUCUGUAACCUCACUCACUGGAGACAAUGGUUUUGAGAUUGUGAUGUCAAAAUUGGUGCAGACAUAUGUAAAGAUAAAGAAGAAUCAGAACCAGGUCUGCUGGAUGCUGCAGAAGGUCCCUCGCACCCACAAUGGCCACAACGGUUAUGUGACAUUUCAGCAGUUCCUGGAUAACCAGCAGUAUUCCCGCAGAGGAAUCCUUCGCUAUGAGAAAAUAUUUGGGGAGGGCUUUGUGAGCACAGGAGGACUGGAGACCACUAAGGAGUUUAUCUCUAUGCUAAACCUGGUACCUGGGCAGCGUGUCAUUGAUGUGGGCUGUGGCAUUGGUGGAGGAGACUUCUACAUGUCCAAGACAUAUGGAGUGGAAGUCCUGGGGAUGGAUCUGUCGUCUAACAUGGUUGAGAUUGCCAUGGAGAGAGCCAUCCAAGAGAAAACUCCUAUGGUACAGUUUGAAAUUGGUGAUGCCACACGGCGGAUCUUCCCUGAAGCAUCAUUUGAUGUGGUGUACAGCAGAGACACCAUCCUGCACAUCAAUGACAAGGGCGCCCUCUUCAGGAGGUUCUAUUCCUGGCUGAAACCUGGAGGGAAACUCCUGAUCACAGAUUAUUGCUGUGGAGAACGCCCUUGGUCUCCAGUGUUCCAGGAGUAUGUGCAACAGAGAGGAUAUAUUCUGUAUACACCUGAGGAGUAUGGCCAGUUCUUACAGAAAGUUGGUUUUGUGAAAGUAAAUGCUCAGGAUCGAACAGCACAAUUUGUACAAGUUCUGAACAAGGAACUUACACGGACACAAGAGAUAAAGCAGGAAUUCGUAGAGAGUUUUUCUGAAGAGGACUACAACUACAUUAUUGAUGGAUGGAAAGAAAAGCUUCAUCGCUGUAAUCUUGGAGACCAGCGCUGGGGUCUGUUCUAUGCUGAGAAACCCCUGGACAUCAUCCCGUAACCACUCAUUCUUUCAUCUGAACAACUCAAACCUUAUUUUCUUCAAUGUCUGCUUUGUUAAUACUGUGGUCUGUAAAUAAUGACAGUUAUAAGGAAUACAACACAGGUGGAGUAAAAGUGUCCUAGGGGUGCUUGUGGAGAUGUUUUCUGUUCAUUAGAUGUGCCUGAUACUUCCAUACAUUGCAGAAUAGGAAUCUAAAGAUAGGAAAUACCAAAGGCCGCUCAGGGGUCUAUUUAUGAAGCAGGGAAAAGAGUGGAGAAAGGACCAGUGGAGAAGUUGCUUAUGGCAACCAAUCAGCUUUGAAUGAAGCCUUUAUCAAGUACAUUCUAUAAAAUGUAAGGGAGAUGCUGAUUGGUUGCCAACUUCUCCACAAGUCUGUUUCUCCACUGUUUUCACUGCUUCAUGAUUAGACCCCGAAAUUGCCUAUGGCAGUGUGAUAUGGUUGCAGGUGUGGAAAAUGAGAGCAGCAUCACUAUCCAGGUUCUUGGAUGCUGAAAGAUGCAAAAAUAAAUUGUAAUGGAAAAGAAGAUUUAAAAUAUGCAGAUAAGUCAAAAGUGUUUUAUUUUUAACAGAAUAAAUAGUUUUCCUGAGAAAAACAAAGAUACAAUUAAAAAAAAUGUAAAUCAAA